GAAAGAGCCUCACAAGUUGCACAGCCUGACCCACCUUUCGUUUCUUGCUGGGCUUGGAUACCUCAAGGGAUACUGGAUCCCUCCCUGCAUCAACAUCACAAAGACAACCACAUGGGCUGUUUUAUACAACUGUACAACAGCAACCAUACAACAGCAAAAACUACAACAGCAACGAUACAACGGCAACCAUACAAGAACAAUGACGAAGAAGUUGAACUAUGCUUUGGUCAGCAUCUUCAGUUGUGCGUUGACCUAUGUCAGCGUCCUCUGUGGAUUUAUUAGCCUUCCCACCCCGCAGAAUUGUAUGAAUCAACCGUCCAGGGACAAAUCCCACCAAGUCGUUCAUUAUACCAUACUGGACAACAGAGAAGAAGAGACAACACUACUAGGCAAGUUGCCGAUGACUCAGGUUGUUCAAGAAAGCAGAAAGGCUUCUACCUCCACUUCCUACAAAACCACCAAAACUACCACACAACAUCAAAACGCUAAUAAAUUCCACAGUCGCCUACGUUUUGUCAUGGUGGUGGGACUGGAAGGCACUGGCCAUCAUUUCAUGGGACAAGUCAUCAAGGAAUCUCCCAUUAUGGAAACACUGUCUCGACUCAAAUUGGCACCCACAAAGUUGAAACUUUUGGAUCAAAAACUAUUUAAUCACAUCAAUGCCACCACGGGCCUUUGGAAUGCCCAUUGUGCCACGGAAGAAGACGAACCACCACCCGAUUUGACACACACCCUCAAAUUGGUCGUCAAAUAUCUCAAGGAAAUGGAACGAUUAGCCAAAAUGAAUGCGAAUACUAACAAUACCAUUCAUGUUCCACUCAACACGGCUGUGGGAGGCGUCAAGGGAUUUGGACAGGUAUCAUAUCCCAAUUUCAAGGGAGAUUGUCGGAAAUUAAACUAUCCAUCCCUGGAUCUACUCUACCGCGCCUGUGAUAUGGCAAAAGUAGAUUGUGGACACGUUUACAUUUACCGCAAUCCCGCCGCCAUUCUGCAAAGUACCACCCGCAAUCGAAAAUACAGCAGUCGCAUGCUGGAACAAAUUCAUCUCUACAAAUCCAUGUACCAUAUCAUCACGGCCGAAUUUGUGGCAUUUCCCGAACGAACUCUGGGAUGUUUUGGAUUGCUCGAAUCAAAUAAUGGCAACAACAAUAAAGCUUGGUGGAAGGAAAUGGCUCCACUCUGGGGAUGGAACUCCAAACAAUUAUUCUACGAGUACAUGGAAAGCAUCUACCGCCCACCCAGACCCAUUGACCAGAAUUUUACCGAACUCUUGACAUCGCGCAGCGUCGAGCCCUACAUGCAUUCUCUAAAUGAGGUCCAUCAAAAGGUCAUUCAAGUCUGUCAAAAAGCAAAAGCGGGACAACUGGAAGCAAUCUCGACACGACAAGAACAGAACUAAGCUAAGCUACGGAGCUGCCAACUGACUGCAAUCUGUUGUGUUUGAGGUGGUUGCUACUGUAUGUAUAAUACCGUACGAAUGUCACCGCGACAAUCCGCAGGAAUUUUUGUGGAGAUGGCUCCUUUUGCUUCGAUUAUGUAUCAUCAUUCCCGGUAUGAGAGGCGACAAGACCCAGCAAUCAUUCAUUGAGCAACGAUUGAUUGAUGUACGGUACUACCAGAGGCGUCACGAAAAUAAUGAUGUGAGCAUGGUGGACCAUAAAAUAAACGGCAAGAGUGCACUUACUUGUUGGGCAAGUGACAGUCGAGUCCAGGUCAAAAUCUCAACUCACAAAAGACUGCGAGUCCACGUGGAAGCUCACGUUGGGGUGUGGUUGGAUGCAGUGCUCCGCCGUCUCCGUCCUCUAUUGAAUGCGGCUGUACGUUACGGCAUCCACUGCUGCGAUCAUGUUGCUGCUGAAACCAGCUUUUGUUUGUGCAAACCACAACUCGGUAUGCGGACCCGGUGGUGCAGCGUUGCACCGGCGGUGGGCAUUCCUUUCCAGCAAACUGCGGUGGCGGUUGACCCGGCCAGUACCAAAUAAAUGAUGCAGUCACCACCAAGACUUCAUACGGUAGAGUGUAUCUCUGUUGUUGUUGGUAGCCCGUUGCUGUAAAUGGAUGUAUGCGAGCUUUGCGUUUUCUGCUUGGAACAAUGUAUGUAUAUUUGGGACAUGUAGUUUAUUCAGUUGUUUUUAGAUAGUUCUAGCUACUAGAGGUUGAUAGUAUAGAUGCACUACUUGUACGAGCGCACUCAACCGUGCGUCUUGUCUCAUCACAAAAUUAAAAUUGAUUGGCAAGAAUGUUCUGCCCUUGCCUACGCAGAGACGGCACCGGGCGUGUGGUUCUUGGGCUUGCUGGCCCAGAUGGUGCCUUUCAGCCAUGCAAACGGGUUCGAAGAACUGG